AUGCAUCUGGCCCUGCUGCUGCUGCUGCUGCUGCUGCUGGCUUCCCCAAGGGUGUUUGUACACCUCUUGUCAGUGGAGAGGCCUGUUUCCCACACCGAGUCUUCGACUUAUGUACCAAAAGCGCCAGAUGAAGGAUCAGUCUAUCACCAGGUGCACAAUGUUUUGAUACUGCAUUUUGACUCCGGAUCUCGCAUCCCAGAACCUUAUCUUGGCGUCAUAGUCUCGCUUGUCGCCAGUCGCCUUCGCGCCGCACCUGGGGAAAUGCUGGUGGCGGUUUACCGGCUGGUCGAGAUCAAGCCAACCCCAAUGCGUCGUCACAUUGGGGGUGCACAAUGGGACAAGAUGGAUAAGUCCCACGUGCACUGGCUUCUCCUCCUUCCGGUCCGGUUCACAUUGUUCCUGAAUUGCGAACAAAGACCUCGGGACAUUCUCAGUCUCGCCAUAACCCACAUCUACAUCACUCGCGGACCCCAUCUGACCACAGGCCAGAAAUACAAGACGGCAGAAGCAGCAAGAGAAGCAGAAAAACCCUAUCAGUGCUUUCGGGAAUUGCAAGCCAUAACAAUAACAUCAAUAACAAUGCAUUCCGUGCUGUCCUCGCUGCUCUCUUUCCUCGCACUAGAUGCAGCAUCGACACCGAGUGUCAAGGCGAUCCACUUCAGCACCAUCACCGUCACCACUGGUUUCGUCCCGGCGCCGACGGGUUCGGUGACCGCUAUCCUGUUUAACACUAUCACUGUCACCUCAACCCCAGCACCUACGGUUAUGGUCUCAUAA